AUGUCUUGGCUGAUGUUAGAGACCUUUGGGCUGGUCUGCACGGUAUUUGUACUGCUGUAUUAUUAUUCCUUGUCGAAAUUGAAUUACUGGCAAAGACGUGGCAUCAAAGGGCCAAAGCCUCUUCCGUUUUUCGGAAAUUUCAAGGAUGUUCUGCUUGGAAAAAUUUCGACCACCGACUGUUUCCACAAAGCGUACAACGAGUACAAGGAUGAACCGCUGAUCGGAGUCUAUGGGGGCCACGAUCCGUUGCUGAUUGUGAAAGACCUGGACUUGGUAAAAGACGUUCUCAUUAAAGAUUUCUCCAAGUUUGCACACAGGACCCAUCGUGCUGUACGAGAGGUUGAACCUCUGUCGGAGCAGUUAUUCAGACUGGAUGCAGAAAGAUGGCGUGGCCUAAGAGUCAAGAUGUCGACUUUCUUCUCGACAGGGAGACUAAAGGACAUGUUCGACUUGAUGAAACAGUGCUCGGAAGAUUUCGAUAAGUACCUGGAAAAGCUGGUAGAUAAGGGUGAACCGGUCGAGUUUCGUAACACUGCAGCUAAAUUCACCACUGCCGUGAUCAGUGCUUGCGUCUUCAGUAUCCAAUCGAACUCUCUGUCUGACGAAGACUGUGAGUUUCGUAAAAUGAGCAAGAAAGCCCUGAGUACGAACCUUUCGCAGUUCCUCAACGACAGAAUGAGGGAAUAUCCAUUCCUGUUUAAGAUUUUUGGACGAUUCUUUGUCGAUCACGAAGUUACUAAUUUCUUCUCGACUGCUGUCAAGGAGGCUAUGGAUUACAGGGAUGAUCACGAUAUUCAUACACGGGAUUUCAUUGAUAUCUUGGCUGAUGUGAGAGCUCACCCGGAGAAAGUUAAUCUUAAAGAAGCAGACAAUUUGUUCCUGACAUCCCAAGCUCAGCUUUUCUUCCUUGCUGGCUCCGAGAAUGCGUCGCUAACGAUCAGCAAUGCUUUGUACGAGCUUGCGUGGAAGCCAGCCAUUCAAGAGAAAGUUCGAGCUGAAAUAUUGCAGGUCUUAAAAAAGACUAACGGAGAGAUCACAUACGACGGUGUAGAAGAAAUGAAAUAUCUGAAUGCAUGUUUGCUAGAAACGUUGAGAAUGUACCCAGUAUUACAAUGGUUAUCCAGGUCAGCAAUGGAGGAUUACACGUUCUCAGGAACAAAGCUCACUAUUCCGAAAAAUCAACAAGUCUUUCUACCCGUAUAUUCGAUUCAUAGAGAUCCAGAUAUUUAUCCAAACCCGGAUGUCUUCGAUCCUGAAAGAUUCACCGAAGAAAAUAUGAAGACUCGACACCUAAUGUCCCAUUUACCAUUCGGCGAUGGCCCAAGACACUGCAGUGGUAUAAGAUUGGCCAAGAAACAACUGAAAGUUGGAAUGGUUACUGUCCUGUCGAAAUACAAGGUUGAGGUGUGCGAGAAGACUCGUAAAGAAUACAAAGUGGAUAAGAGGCAAUUGUUCCUUCUUCAACCUGCUGACGGAGUGCACCUGAAGUUAACGAAGCUCGCCGCGUAA